AUGGCUGGUCUAAUAAGAAAAAUAAUUACAACUCCCAAUGCACCUAAACCAGUUGGACCAUAUAGUCAGGCUGUUCAAGUGGGUCAAACAUUGUACGUUUCUGGAUGUCUUGGAUUGGAUAAAGAUAGUAUGAAAUUAAUUCUUGGAGGAGCUGCCGCUGAAACUGAGUUGGCCCUGAAGAAUCUUGAAAAUAUUUUACUUGCUGCUGAUUCAUCACUCUCUAAAGUAAUAAAAAGUACUGUUUUUCUUGAUGACAUAAAUGAUUUUGGAGCUGUCAACGAAGUUUACAAAAAAUAUUUUAAGGAGCCUUUCCCUGCAAGGUCAUGUUUCCAAGUAGGAAAGCUUCCCUUGGGAGCUAAAGUGGAAAUUGAGGUAGUAGCAAUAUCUGGCCCAUUAGAAACAAUAAGUCAUCUUUAA